AUAGCUCUAAAGUCAGGGCCUCAGCCUACUGUCUAGACAAGGGAUUACCUUCAAAAAACAAAUCAUCCAUGAACGACCCUCCCAGUAUUGAUGAUUACCAUCAGAAUGAAGCCUCCAAAUUCCAGUCAGCAUUGAAGAUUCAACGACCAGGUUUAUUCCAAAAAAACCAUAGGUUUUUGAAUAAUUUAGCUAGAUACAGAUUACACCAUCGAGGAGGUUUGAAUCGCAGAGUUAGUAGAUUGUUCUAUAGGGGUGAACCUCCACGGACAACACCGCAAGAUUUUGAGCGCGAGCUUUCUGCUCUGGGACUGGGACCGAAAGAGUGGUUCCAACCAAGAAGACACUCACCUGAUGAAAGCUCAAGUGCAGGCUCUAAUGCACCGAUUCUUGUUGGGGAAUCCAGCCAGAAUGUACCGGUCCAGCACUUCGAAAAUAAGCAAAUCAUUGAUCAUGAAAAUCAUCAGAAUUAUCAAUUGGGGAAGUCGCCGCGCUCUCCUGCAAGAAUUGACAAGCUGGAAAGAGAUCCUGAUGAUGAUGAACAUGAAUAUUCAUGGCUGCAUUGA